AUGGGCCCCUGUACCGCCUCCUCAUGCUGCUGCCAGGCCCGUAAUCUGCCAUGGGCCCCCGUACCCGACUCCUCAUGCUGCUGCCAGGCCCGUAAUCUGUCAUGGGCCCCUGUACCGCCUCCUCAUGCUGCUGCCAGGUCCAGAGUGUCUCAUGGGUCCCUGUACGGCCUCCCAUUGCUGCUGUCUCCAUCGCCACACUCUGCCAUGUGCCACUUUCAGGUCUCCUCACACUGCUGGUGGGUUCCAUUUUUGUCAUAGGGUGCUGUAUGGCCUCCCAUUGCUGCUGCCUCCACCGCCACACUGUGGCUCCACACUCUGGUUUUGGCCCCGUGACUGGAUUUGCCCAAAUGAGUGAAGUGUGCGGUGAUUCUAAGAUCGACGGCACUCAUCUGCAUGUCAUACUGACUGACAGUAUUAUUUCUCUUCCCCAGCAGACUCCAAGGGCAUUGAAAUUAAGGGUACAGUGUUCUGCACUAAUAUAA